AUGCAAAAAUUUAUCCGUUCAGUUAUACGAUGGCGCAGCAAACAUCAUCUACAAAAAACAAAAUUUCAACAAUAUAUCGAUAUUUUCACAAAUAUACCGCAUGAAAUAGUAUUGAUAAUAAUAAAACAUUUGGAUUAUAACGCUCACGAUAUUGCGGCUUUAUCCAGUGUAAGAUUUUUUCUAUAUUUUCCAGUUUUUGUAAACAGAAAAUUACGAUAUCAUAUUAAAGACAACUUUUUAUGGUACAAGUUAUGUUUAUUGUAUUUCCCCGAUAAUCUAUCUAGUGAAUAUGGACAAACAAAAGAUUGGAUGAAAAUAUUUAGGAAAUUAUAUUGGAAGAAUCACACGAUCGUAUUUGCCGAAAAUAUUGAGGAAAAAGAAUUAGUAAGUUGCGGAUGGUUCCCCAAAUUCGGUCAAUUCUCGGAUAUUAAAACUGAUUACGCACAUCCAAAAAUUGUAAGAGCGAUUCAAGAAUCUUUUGAAAUGGAUGUCAAAUUUGAAUCUAUUUCUCCCGGGAUUUAUGAAGUUGUAUGGGAAAUGAACAUUUACAAUUUACAAAGGGCUCAAAGAUUUCAAUUUGUAACCAAAAUUUUCCAAAAGAAUUAUGAUUUAGUUACAAUAAAGGAAUAUUCUGACACUCCGUCCCCGGAAGCAUUUAAAAGAAUUUCAGAUAAAGGAUGGUUUAAAUAUAGAGCACCCAAAAGGAUUAUCAUCGAUAAAGAUCAAAUCAUUUCUACCAAAUUCAUUGGUCAUGCCAAAAUGUGUUUUAGCAAUCCACAAGAAUGGCCUGCCCCUAUGAUACAAAAAUGA